CUCCUGCACCUAAUUUCUAUGUUUCUAUGUACAAACUCCGUACAGACAGAACCUGUAGUCAGGAUCGAACCCGGGUCUCUGGCGCAAUAUGCCGGCAACCCUACAACUGCGUCACUAUGCCGCCCACUUCUGCGUGACAUGACUGACAGUUUUGCUCAUGUCAGCAGGGACAAUUAUUUCACACCAGCGGCUGAAACUCAAUUUGUCACCUCUAGGGCAGUGGCAGUAACCCAAUACUUUACAGUGUUAGUUGGUGAUGUGGGAGACAGAUGUUUGGUGCCUCCAUGUGCCCACCUGCGGUAUUGCAGACAGUAGCGAUGAGCAUCUGUGUGUAUCGAUGCUUUGUAAGAGAGAGACCUCUAUGCUCAACUACUCAGCUGGAACCGACGUCACUAACCAAGUAAGCACUCGGAGAGAGGGGAGGCGGAGGGAUGGUGGUGUGAGACUGGUGACCUUCAACUACUAAUCUUGAUGGGAACCCAAGUGCAGUGGGUGCACAUUAAUAUGGAGGGGGUACAUGGAAGGCUAGCUGUGCUUAACCAAGUCACCAGGUUCAGGUCCAUUCGCAGAUCACGCUUCAAAUUAAGGGGGCUGGUGGAAGCCUCUGAUUGGUCGAACGGACUAGAGGAAGCAGCUGAUUGGCAUGUAUCCCGGGUAAGGCUUAUUGUAUCCAGGAUAAGGGGGAGAAUGAGGGCCAGGGCAGUUUACUGUUCUGGAUGUCAGAUGUGGGAGGUCAUGGAGUCUGAGUGCCCUCCAGCCGUCCACAUCUGCGCCAGGUGCGUCGAGAUGGGGCUCCUAAGGGACCGUGUUAGGAACCUGGAACAGCAACUCGAUGACCUCUGUCUGCUCAGGGAGAGCGAGGAGGUCAUAGAAAGGAGUUACAGGGAGGUGGUCACUCCAAGAUCACGGGAGACAGAAAACUGGGUCACAGUUAGGAAGGGCAACAGGCAGAGGCAGGGACUGGUGAGUACCCCGGUGGCUGUACACCUUGAAAAUAAGUACUCAUGUUUGAGUAAGGGUGGGGGAGACAGCCUACCUGGGGGCAGCGACAGCGGCCGGGCCUCUGGCACAAAGACCGGUCCUGUUGCUCAGAAGGGUAAGGAAAAGAAGAGGAGGGCAAUUGUAAUAGGGGACUCUAUAGUCAGGGGGUCGGAUAGGCGAUUCUGUGGACGCAGACAGGAGACCCGGAUGGUAGUUUGCCUCCCUGGUGCCAGGGUCAGGGAUGUGUCUGAACGUGUCCAAGAAAUCCUGAAAUGGGAGGGAGAGGAGCCUGAGGUUGUGGUACAUAUAGGUACCAACGACAUAGGUAAAAAAAGAGAAGAGGGCAUGAAAGAAGAAUUUAGGGAGUUAGGUAGAGAGUUAAGGAGAAUGACUGGAAAGGUAACAAUCUCAGGAUUACUGCCUGUGCCACGCGACAGUGAGAGUAGGAAUGGAGCGAGGUGGAGGAUAAAUGAGUGGAUGAGGGACUGGUGCAGCGGGUAUGGAUUCAAGUUUCUGGAUCAUUGGGACCUCUUUUGGGGAAGGUGCGACCUGUACAGAAAGGACGGGUUGCACUUGAACUCGAGGGGGACCAAUAUCCUGUCGGGGAGAUUUGCAAAGGCUACUGGGGAGACUUUAAACUAGGAUGGUCGGGGGGAGGGACUCAAAUUGUGAAAGCUAGCAGUCAGUGUGUGAGGCAGGAGGCAGAGAAUGGUAGCACUCUGACCCAAAAUGUAGGGGAGAGAGAAGAAAAAUAAAAUAAACAGAGAAUAAGAGAGGGUGGGUUUCUUAAAUGUGUAUAUUUUAAUGCUAGGAGCAUUGUAAGAAAGGUGGAUGAACUUAGAGCCUGGAUUGACACCUGGAAGUAUGAUGUUGUGGCGAUCAGUGAAACAUGGUUGCAGGAGGGCUGUGAUUGGAAACUAAAUAUUCCAGGAUUUCGUUGCUUCAUGUUUGAUAGAAUUGGAGGGGCAAAAUUGGAUAGGCAUAUGGAUGAGAAGGGAAUUGAGGGUUAUGGUAUGAGUGCAGGCAGGUGGGACUAAGGGGAAAAAAAAUUUGUUCGGCACGGACUUGUAGGGCCGAGAUGGCCUGUUUCCGUGCUGUAAUUGUUAUAUGGUUAUAUGGUUAAGAGGUGGAGGUGUUGCAUUGCUUAUCAGGGAAGACAUUACAGCAGUGCUUUGGCAGGAUAGAUUAGAGGGCUCGUCUAGGGAGGCUACUUGGGUGGAACUGAGAAAUGGGAAAGGGGUAGCAACACUUAUAAGGGUGUAUUAUAGACCGCCAAAUGGGGAGCGAGAAUUGGAAGAGUAAAUAUGUAAGGAGAUUGCAGAUAUUAGUAGUAAGCACAAGGUAGUGAUUGUGGGAGAUUUCAAUUUUCCACACAUAGACUGGGAAACACAUUCUGUAAAUGGGCUGGAUGGUUUGGAGUUUGUAAAAUGUGUGCUGGAUAGUUUUUUGCAGCAAUACAUAGAAGUACCUACUAGAGAAGGGGCGGUGCUGGACCUCCUGUUAGGAAAUAAGACGGGUCAGGUGGCAGAGGUAUGCGUUGGGGAACAGUUUGGGACCAGUGAUCACAAUACCAUUAGUUUCAAUAUAAUUAUGGAGAGGGUCAGAACUGGACCUAGGGUUGAGAUUUUUGAUUGGAGAAAGGCUAACUUUGAGGAGAUGCGAAAGGAUUUAAAAGGAGUAAAUUGGGACAGUUUGUUUUAUGGGAAAGAUGUGGAAGAGAAAUGGCAUACAUUUAAAGGUGAAAUUUUAAGAGUACAGAGUCUUUAUAUCCCUGUUCGGUUGAAAGGAAAUAGUAAAAAUUGGAAAGAGCCAUGGUUUUCAAGGGAAAUUGGACACGGUUCGGAAAAAGAGAGAGAUCUACAAUAAUUAUAGGCAGCAUGGAGUAAAUGAGGUGCUUGAGGAGUAUAAAGAAUGUAAAAAGAAUCUUAAGAAAUAAAUUAGAAAAGCUAAAAGAAGAUAUCAGGUUGCUUUGGCAAGUAAGGUGAAAGCCAAUCCAAAGGGUUUCUACAGCUAUAUUAACAGCAAAAGGUUAACAAGGGAUAAAAUUGGUCCAUUAGAGAGUCAGGGUGGACAGCUAUCUGCAGAGCCAAAAGAGAUGGGGGAGAUAUUGAACAAUUUCUUUUCUUCGGUAUUCACCAAGGAGAAGGAUAUUGAAUUAUGUGCGGUAAGGGAAACAAGUAGAGUAGUUUCUUAUGUACAUCAAUAAUCUGGAUGAUGUUGUGGUAAAUUGGAUUAGUAAGUAUGCAGAUGAUACUAAGAUAGGUGGGGUUGUGGAUAAUGAAGUAGAUUUUCAAAGUCUACAGAGAGAUUUAUGCCAGUUGGAAGAGUGGGCUGAAAGAUGGCAAAUGGAGUUUAAUGCUGAUAAGGGUGAGGUGCUACAUCUUGGCAGGACAAAUCAAAUUAGGACGUACAUGGUAAAUGGUAGGGAAUUGAAGAAUUUAGGUGAACAGAGGGAUCUGGGAAUAACUGUGCAAAGUUCCCUGAAAGUGGAAUCUCAUGUAAAGAAAGCUUUUGGUGUGCUGGCCUUUAUAAAUCAGAGCAUUAAGUAUAGAAGUUGGGAUGUAAUGUUAUAAUUGUACAAGGCAUUGGUGAGGCCAAUUCUGGAGUAUGGUGUACAAUUUUGGUCGCCUAAUUACAGGAAGGAUGUCAACAAAAUAGAGAGAGUACAGAGGAGAUUUACUAGAAUGUUGCCAGGGUUUCAGCAACUAAGUUACAGAGAAAGGUUGAACAAGUUAGGGCUUUAUUCUUUGGAGCGCAGAAGGUUAAGGGGGGACUUGAUAGAGGUCUUUAAAAUGAUGAGAGGGAUAGACAGAGUUGACGUGGAUAAGCUUUUCCCACUGAGAAUAGGGAAGAUUCAAACAAGGGGACAUGACUUGACAAUUAAGGGACAUAAGUUUAGGGGUUACAUGAGGGGGAACUUCUUUACUCAGAGAGUGGUGGCUGUGUGGAAUUAGCUUCCGAUGAAGGUGGUGGAGGCAGGUUCAUAUUUAUAAUUUUAAAAUAAAUUGGAUAGUUAUAUGGACGGGAAAGGAAUGGAGGGUUAUGGUCUGAGCGCAGGUAUAUGGGACUAGGGGAAAAUAUGUGUUCGGACGGACUAGAAGGGUCAAGGUGGCCUGUUUCCGUGCUGUAAUUGUUAUAUGGUUUAUAUGGUUAUAUGGUUAAAUGGAAUGGAUACUCCAGGAGGAUGAGAGGUCAAGGGUGUGCAGGUUGUUGAAUUGCUGAUCAUAUUCUUCCAACUAAAACCCCACCAUCUUUCCAACCCGCUAAUAUACAACAUUGCUAGGGAACAAGCAAAUAUGAAACCCUUGUUGUUUUUAGAGUCAUGGAGAGUCACAGAGUCACACAGCAUAGAAACAGACCCUUCUCCCCAACUUGCCCACGCCGAUCAACAUGUCCCAUCCACAUUACGUGCGUUUGGCACAUAUCCCUCUAAACCUAUCCCAUGCAUGUACCCAUCUAAAUGUUUCUUAAACAUUGCGAUAAAUUAGUUUAAAUUCAUAUUUUGGGAUCUGGGCAUUGUUGGCAAUGCCAGAAUUUAUUUUCCAUGCAUAAUUGCCCUUGGUCAGGUAGUGGUGAAUAACCCUCUAGAUGUGCUGCAGUCCUUCUGAUGAUGGUGCCCUCACUGUGAUGUUGGAGAAGGAGUUCUGUGAUUUGGAUCCGUGUCGAUUAAUGGAAUGGUGAUAUAUUUCCAAGUCAGGAUGGAGCACGAUUUAAAGGGAAACCUGCAGGUGGUGGUGUUUCUCUUUACCGGCUGCCCUUGUGCUUCUUGGUGGUAAAGGUGGUGAGUCUGAUUGGAGUAGCCUGGGUGAGUAACUGCAGUGUAUUUUGUAGACUGACACUAUGUGCAGGUGUUGGAUUGUGUGAAUAUUUAAGGUGGUGGAUGUAGUGUCAGUCUGGCAUAUUGAAACUUGUUGGAGAUGUAAUUAUGCAGGAAAAUGGAGAUAGGGUUUGUGGAGUGGGCCCAGGUGGGAUUGAAACAAGGACUAUCCAUAAACUUAUCGACUCCAUUUACAAUUUACACCAUCUCUAGAAAGCAGCCAACAUAACCAAGGACCACUCAAAUCCCAUUUAUUCCCUCUUACCUCAUCUCCCUGGGAAACAGACAGCAAAUGUUUACUUUAUCCAUGCCUCUCAUGAUCUUAUACACUUCAAUAAGGUCACCCUUAAGUGUCCUGCUCUCCAAAGAAAAACGUACCAGCCUAUCUAACAUAUCCCUGUAAUUUAAGCCUACAAGCCCUGGUAAUAUCCUGGUGAUUCUCUUCAGCAGACUUUCCAACUCAUUCAUGGUAUGAUUUGCCUGGAGUUUUUCUCUGUAUCUCAAUACACGUGACAGUAUUGACAAUACGCCUGCAGUCCGUCUGACUUUACUUUUUUCUGGUGUUUUUUUUGUCUUGUUUUGGUUAAGUUUUAGUUUUAGUUGUGUUAGAGGGGGUGAAACAUGUUCUCUGUCUCUUCCUUCGGG